UGUGUGUUCCAGGCCAGCAGCCGGCUGAAGCAGACAGAGCAGGAGUACAGCCUGAAGCUGGCCAAAUCCUCGCAGGAGAUAACUGUGCUGAAGACAACCAUUUCCUCCCUGAUGGAGGAGAACAACCUGCAGCAGCUUGCGGCCGAGCAGCGGCUCCAGGACGUGGCACAGAAAUUGGAAGAUGAGAAGCAGCAGCUGAUGGAAGAUAAUGACAGAACAAUCAAGGCCUUGCAGGACGAGUUGGAGAAUUACCGGGCGCAGGUUUACGACGCUCAGAGGAGGCUCCAGCGCAACGAGCUCAGAGCCCAGGAGCAGUUGAUUACUAUACGAGAAGAAUAUGAAAAAAUACUGAAAGGGCUGAUGCCAGCAUCUUCCAAAAAGGAUUUUGAAGACACCAUUUCAUCUUUAAAGUCUCAGGUAAGUUUUCUGCAGAAAAGAGUCCUCCAGGAAGAGCUGAACGCCUGCCACGCCAAAAAGUAACUGAUGGAUCGGUGGGAUCUCUGUGAUUGCCAAAUGGACUGCUUUGAAUAGGUUUGAAGAUUUGGCUCUUGUAAAUUGUAAUGCAAAGAUUAGCGGUUCUUUUGUUAGCACAAAAAAAAUGAACUUCAUGAAAACAUAUUCAUAGCUCAUGUCAGCAUGGAUUUUGUUGCAUCUUCYGUCCAUUUUUUUUAAUCAUUAUUUUAUUACGGAUUUAUGCUUUUGAUACACAGUUUCAUGCCACACUGAGCUCGCUUACUGAGCAAGUAGACUUUGCUCUACUAAUAUUUUUGUUACUCCUUCCCAAUACCAUUCUUUUUACUUUUAAACAUGAAGAAAACCCCAUUUAUUAUUAUUAUUAUUAUUAUUAUUAAUGUCAAAGAUAUUUUAACAUAUUUUGACAUUGUUCCGUGUCCAUGUGUUUACAUAAUAUUAAAAUAUUCUUAUUUUCUUACA